UUCCAUUCGGUGCUCGAGCGAGACUGUGAGAGUAUUUUCUUCCACCCUUUUAGGUCAAUUUUCUCACAAUUAAUGCUACAUGGGAAACUUGAAGGCGUCCCUGAAUGCUUUGCAUUUGAAUCUGUAUCCUACAUCCAAUAAGGAUUGAAUCGACCGUCUCUACUCCCAAAAAAACUGAUAGUAAUAUAUACAUCUGUAUUUAUUCUUAUUAUUCUUCUUCUUCUUCUUCUGUUUCUUUUUUCCUUCUCGCCAACUCAGCUUCGUUCUUCGUUUAUAGACAAACUCCAUCUACCUACUCAUCUAUUUAUUGCAGUGUUGUAUCCAUAUCAUGACCUAUCCUGACGCAACUGAACACCCUGCAGUCACUCGUUUCCGCGAGUAUUUGCGAAUCAAAACUAUGCAACCCACCCCCGACUAUGCUGGUAGUACUGCAUUCCUGAUUCGUCAGGCAGAGGAGAUUGGUAUUCCAUACCAUGUAUGUGUGAAGGGUAAACCAACGGUGUUCAUGACUUUGGAAGGUCAAGACCCUAGUCUGCCUUCACUCCUACUCAACAGCCACACAGAUGUGGUGCCUGUCUUUCUCGAUAAGUGGACCCAGGAUCCAUUCGCAGCUAACAAAGUAGAUGGCUUUAUCUAUGCCCGUGGAUCCCAAGAUAUGAAAUGUGUUGGCAGCAGUUAUCUCGAGGUCAUUCGCCGCUAUCGUGCUGCAGGAAAGAAGCCGCUCCGAACUAUUCACCUUACAUGUGCGUAUGCCAUGGUGAUCAAAAUCACAGCUACAGGCCCUACAGGUCAUGGGUCGCAAUUCAUCCAGGAUACUGCCCCCUCCAAGCUGCUCAAGGUGAUUGAGAAGUUUAUGGAGCUGAGAAAUGAGCAAGAGAAGUUGCUUGAAGUUGGAUUGCAUCACAAUGGCAAGCGCUACACACUUGGAGAUGUCACUACCAUUAAUCUGACUUUCUUGCAGAGCGGCGUUCAAUUCAAUGUUAUUCCCAUGAAAGCUACUUGCGGAUUUGAUAUCCGUGUAAGCCCCUUCUUCGAUAUGAAGGAAUUCCAGGCUAAACUUGAGAGCAUGGUUGCAUCUCAGCCAGGCGUCACCAUGGAGUUUGUCAAUGGCCAUUUUGACAACACACUUACUUCUAUUGAUGAAUCUAACAUCUGGUGGAAGGUUUUCAGUGAAGCCUGCAAGAGUAUGAACGUAGAGUAUGAGACUGAGAUUUUCCCAGUUGGUAUUCCAGCCUUGGGUGUUUCGUAUCUCAAGAACACGCCUUUGUUGUUGCACGAUCAUGAUGAGCGUAUGCAUGAAGAUAUCUUUUUGGAGGGCAUUGACUUUUACGAGACUUUAAUCUCGCGUCUUGCUAAUAUUACUGCUGCUGAAGUCGAGGCCACUCUUAUCAAGUAGACAAAAAAAAAAAAAAUGCUUUUGUGAAUCCGUUGGACACACAUUCACAUAAAUAUAUUCAUCGGAUUAUCCAUAUUAUUUUAUAAAAGUGAUCCAUGACAAUA